AUGGGUCAACGAUCCAGUACAACCGCCAACACAAACGAUCAACGAUCAAGCUCGCUUGCGACGCAAGCCGAGCUAACGCUGUUAGCAACAGCACAUGCACAAGUCAUCACCUCAUCCACGACCUACAACGCAAGGCUGCUCGUCGACUCCGGAUCGGAGCUCAGUUUCGUUUCUGAAGAUCUCGUCGAACAGCUAGGACUUCAACGCACUCAAUCUUCAAUCUCCAUCACUGGCAUUGGUGGCAAGAAAUCAACACAAACUCGAGGUAUUGUAUCACUACAUUUACAAUCUCUUUACAAUACCUCAUCGAUCUCAAUACAAACUCAUGUGUUACGCACUCUAACCACAAUUUUGCCGUCUUCUGAGGCACCCCACCAAGACUGGCCACAUCUCAAUCGUCUCAAGUUGGCAGAUCCUGAGUUUUACAAACCACGACCCAUCGACGUCAUCAUCGGUGCCGACAAUUAUGGACGAAUUAUAAAAUCAAAUGUAAUUAAAGGUUCGCCAUCAAUGCCAGUCGCCCAGCUCUCAAUAUUCGGAUGGCUCGUUAUUGGACCAGCAAGGAGGCGUCAAGCUCGUGCUUAUUCAUCAUUUAAUGCAUCAAUCUCUCAAGACAGCGACGCUGCUCUGAGAGAACUGCUGACGAAAUUCUGGAUUCAAGAGGAGCUUCCAACGGAAAACACAUCUCAACUCACACCGGACGAACAAGAGUGUGAAGAUCACUUUCGUGCAACGCACAGCCGUGAUUCUACUGGGCGAUACGUGGUGCGUAUUCCUCUCAAAACAAAUACUAAAGUCUUGGGUACCUCUUACAGCACAGCUCGCUCCUGCCUGCGACGCACGCUCAGCAAGCUCACUCGAAAUCCUGAGUACCGUGAGCAAUAUCAGCGAUUCAUGAUGGAGUACGAGGACCUCGGUCACAUGAAGAAGGCUUCUUCAAUCUCGCCCAACGACUCUUCAAUUUACUAUCUUCCACAUCACGGAGUUUUCAAGCCUGGCAGUGAAACAACAAAGCUGCGGGUCGUCUUCAAUGGCUCAAGUCCAACAACAACUGGACUUUCUGUCAACGACAUCAUGCACACUGGUGCGAAUCUCCUGCUCAACAUCAACGACGUUUUGCUGUGGAUUCGCCAUCACAAAUGCAUAUUCGCCACGGACAUCACAAAGAUGUAUCGUCAAGUACGAGUACAUGAAGACGGUUGGAAUCUCCAACGGAUACUCUGGAUAGAUGAGGAAUCAAAUGAAGUCCCAUACACACUGACAACAGUCACCUACGGUACCAAAGCUGCACCAUUUCUAGCUGUCAGAGCCCUGUUGCAACUUGCAGAGGACGAAGGUCAACGCUACCCACUGGCAGUACCAUCAAUCAAAUAUGCAAGGUAUGUCGACGACAUAUUUGGUGGUGCAGAUUCUCUUGAUUCGUUAAUUGAAAUUGCUUCACAAUUAACUGACUUGUGCAACGCGGGCGGUUUCCCUCUUGCAAAGUGGCACUCAAACGAAGCCUCUCUGUUUGAAACCAUCGUGCCUUGCAAUAAUUCUCAAGGUACAUCAAUCUCACUAGACGACGACGCAACACCAAAAUACUCGGAUUGCGAUGGAACACUGUCAACGAUAGUUUCACAUUCACUACUAAAUCUCACCACAAUCUCAAUUUUACAAAACGCCUUGUAUUAUCUGAAGUAG